AUGAUAAAUUUGAUCAAUUCAAAAAUGUCGAUGCGUUUAUUACAGAAAUGUGUAAGACUAAGGUCGAAUAGUAGUGGAAUAUGGAUGUCGAGGACAAAUAAUUCUACCAUGUUUGAUAAUAUUCUCCAUCGAAAUAUUUCGACUACCUCCCUAUGUAAUGAUAAAUCAAAUCUUAAAAGCUAUCAGGUGAUUGACCAUACAUUUGAUGCCGUAGUUGUUGGUGCAGGUGGUGCCGGUUUACGUGCUGCAUUUGGCCUUGUAGAGAAAGGAUUCAAUACAGCUGUUGUGAGUAAAUUAUUUCCCACCCGAUCACAUACGGUUGCUGCACAAGGCGGAAUCAAUGCUGCGUUGGGCAAUAUGGAACCGGAUGAUUGGCGUUGGCAUAUGUAUGAUACGGUUAAAGGUUCCGAUUGGCUUGGUGAUCAAGAUGCUAUUCAAUACAUGACACGUGAAGCACCCAAAGCAGUCACUGAGCUUGAAAAUUAUGGCAUGCCUUUUAGUCGCACACCUGAAGGAAAAAUCUAUCAACGAGCAUUUGGUGGUCAGUCAUAUAAUUUUGGUAAAGGUGGACAAGCACAUCGUUGUUGUGCUGUAGCUGAUCGUACCGGUCAUUCACUAUUACAUACGUUAUAUGGACAAUCAUUGCGUUAUGAUUGUAAAUAUUUUAUCGAAUAUUUCGUUCUUGAUUUGAUUAUGGAAGGUGGUGCCUGUCGUGGUGUAAUAGCAUUAUCACUCGAAGAUGGUACUUUACAUCGAUUCAGGUCCAAGAAUACAAUUCUAGCUACGGGUGGAUAUGGUCGUGCAUAUUUUUCAUGUACAUCUGCACAUACCUGUACGGGAGAUGGUACGGCCAUGGUCAACCGGGCUGGCCUUCCUUCCCAGGAUCUUGAAUUUAUUCAAUUUCAUCCCACCGGUAUCUAUGGCGCUGGUUGUUUAAUGACUGAAGGAUGUCGUGGCGAAGGUGGAUUUCUGGUCAAUAGUGAAGGAGAACGCUUCAUGGAACGAUAUGCACCAGUGGCCAAAGAUCUAGCAUCGAGAGAUGUCGUUUCACGAUCGAUGACCAUUGAAAUUCGUGAAGGACGUGGUUGUGGUCCUCAAAAAGACCAUGUCUAUUUGCAACUACAUCAUUUACCAGCCGAACAAUUGGCUCUUCGUUUACCCGGUAUUUCGGAAACUGCCAUGAUAUUCGCCGGUGUUGAUGUUACUCGAGAACCAAUACCGGUGUUACCAACUGUACAUUAUAAUAUGGGUGGUGUACCGACCAAUUACAAAGGGCAAGUGUUGAAUUAUUCUGAAGAAAAGGGCGAUAUGGUCAUUCCUGGCUUAUACGCUGCUGGUGAAGCUGGUUGUGCAUCGGUACAUGGAGCCAAUCGUUUGGGUGCCAAUUCACUUCUGGAUCUGGUUGUUUUUGGUCGUGCUUGUGCUCAUGCAAUCGCUGAAUCUAAUCGUCCUGGUGAAUCAUUGCCCGAAUUUUCUGCUACUGCUGGUGAAGCUUCUAUUGAUAAUCUGGAUCGUUUACGUUAUGCCAAAGGUUCUUUAUUGACUGCUCAAUUACGAUUGAAAAUGCAAAAAGACAUGCAAGAACAUGCAGCAGUUUUCCGUACGGGUCCAUUAUUGAAAGAAGGUGUAGAAAAACUUAAACAAGACUUUAAAAUGCUUGAUGAUUUGAAGGUUAUGGACUCAGGAUUAAUAUGGAAUUCAGAUCUUGUCGAAACAUUGGAAUUACAAAAUUUAAUGUUGAAUGCAAUGAUGACCGUAAAUUCAGCCGAAGCACGAAAAGAAUCAAGAGGUGCACAUGCACGUGAAGAUUAUAAAGAUCGUAUUGAUGAAUUUAAUUAUUCAAAACCAUUGGAUGGUCAACAACGACGCUCAUUUGAACAACAUUGGCGUAAACAUACUUUAUCGUUUGUUGAAUCUGAUGGCAAUGUUAAACUUUGGUAUCGUCCUGUAAUUGAUAAAACAUUGGAUGAGCAAGCACAGACAAUACCGCCAGCAGUACGAUCAUAUUAGAAUAAAAAAACAUUGAAUAGGAAACAAAAAUUACCAAUGAUAAAUCAAAGUUAUUUUAUUGUUUAAGCU